AUGGCCCUGAAAGAAGCAGUUCAUGAGAAAAUCAUCAAUGACAUUAUCCGGCAGCAGAGGAAGCCGGGAGAAUGGAAGGUGUUGGUUGUGGACAGUCUCAGCAAAAGGAUGAUCUCUGCUUGCUGCAAGAUGCACGAGAUCAUGUCCGAGGGAAUCACACUGGUGGAAGAUAUCAACAAAAGACGAGAACCGCUACCUUUGUUAGAAGCUAUAUACUUAAUUACACCAGUUGACAAGUCUAUCAAAGCUCUGAUAGCGGAUUUCCAGAACCCAAACAACACGCAGUAUAAAGCAGCUCAUGUCUACUUUACCGAAGCAUGUCCUGAUGAAUCAUUCAAUGAGCUGUGUAAAUCCAGCAGUGCAAAGUUCAUCAAGACUCUGAAGGAGAUCAACAUAGCUUUUCUUCCAUAUGAAUCUCAGGUUUAUUCGCUAGACUCGCCAGAAACAUUUCAGUUCUACUACAACCCAAGUAAACCUGGCCGCACUAUCAACCUGGAGCGAUGUGCUGAACAGAUUGCCACUUUGUGUGCCACACUUGGCGAAUACCCAGCCGUCAGAUACAGAUCUGACUUUGAUCGUAAUGCAGAAUUUGCUCAACUUGUUCAACAAAAGCUGGAUGCAUAUAGAGCAGACGACCACACGAUGGGAGAGGGCCCCCAGAAAGAUAGGUCAAUGCUGCUGAUCCUUGACCGUGGCUUUGACCCCAUCUCCCCCCUGCUUCAUGAACUGACCUUCCAGGCAAUGGCCUAUGACCUCCUGCCUAUUGAGAAUGAUGUGUACAAAAAAUGCACUCUGACUGUGAAGAAGGAAAUACCUCCACUUAGUGUAUAUGUACAAGUGACCAAGAGACUGAAACAGUUUGCUGAAUCCAAGCGGAUGACUACCUCAGACAAGACCAACGUCCGAGACCUCAGCCAGAUGCUAAAGAAGGCACCCCAGUAUCAGAAGGAACUCAGUAAAUAUUCUGCUCACUUCCAUUUGGCCGAGGAUUGUAUGAAGCAGUACCAGAAGCAUGUUGAUAAGCUGUGCAAGGAUAUGUUGUCCAUAAUUUUAGGACCUGGCGAUGGGAGCGGAUGUGGACGGCGAGAAGAUCAAAGAUCACAUGAGAACAUUGUGCCCAUUCUCUUGGACCAAAACAUCACGGCUUAUGACAAGAUACGAAUCAUUCUUCUCUACAUCAUUCACAAAGCUGGCAUCACAGCUGAGAACCUGGACAAGCUUGUGCAGCAUGCCCAGAUACCCAUGGAGGAGAAGUGCAUCAUCACAAACAUGCAGAACUUGGAGGUGCCGAUCAUCCAGGAU